AGUUCAGUGAGUAUGAAGCCAAUGAUCCUUGGGUUCAGCAACUCAUUGUCCAGUUGGAGCAGCUCAUGGCUGAGUUUAAGGUGGGCCUGUCACCAGUCAUCUAUGAUACUUUAACUAGCCUGAUGACCAGCCUCAUAGCCAUGGAGAUGGAGAAGACCGUGUUCAAAUGCACCUUCAGCAGGCUUGGUGGAUUACAGUUUGAUAAGGAGCUGCGUGCUUUGGUUGCCUACCUCUCCUCAGUCACCUCCUGGACCAUCCGGGAUAAGUUUGCCCGACUCGCACAGAUGGCAACUAUUCUCAACUUAGAAAGAGUGUCUGAGAUCCUGGAUUAUUGGGGACCCAACUCUGGGCCUUUGACUUGGCGCCUGACCCCUGCAGAGGUUCGGCAAGUCUUGGCUCUAAGGGUAGAUUUCCGCAGCGAGGACAUUAAAAGAUUACGACUAUAACAGAAGUAAACAAAAACACUUUUGACUUGAGGCUUUUAUGCAUAGAAAUGGUGUUUUGGGUAACUUGAAUGGAGGUGUGUUAUGUCUGAACAUUUGUA